AUGAGAGUCUUUUACAUAUGUGUUAGUAUUACUUUUAAGAGAGGUUAUCUUAAUAGAGUUUUUUUUAUUGGUAGCAUCUUUGACCACAUGAAAGUUUAUGAGGUCGAUACCAUCAGAAUUGCAACCUUGGGGGUCAUUGAUGUUGUUGGUGUUCUUGGGUAUUGUUAUCAAUUUUUAUGGGGUACAAACCCAGAGCGGCGAUUUUUACGUUACUCUAAACUGGUCUGUGCAUUUCUUGUUCAAAGAAAUAAGCCAGCACAACAGAUGCUGAGACGUAUGAUCACAAGUGAUUCUUUAUUAGAAAAAUAUGCGCCGGUGGCCGAUGGUAAGAUGAAUCCUCGUGUGAGUAAGAGAUGUUCGCCAUCAAAUAUGUAG